AUGUCGACCACAGAUCCGCCCACAGACUCGACCCCCGAACGAGGCAGCUCGAGCACCCUGCCAGACUCGUUCCCUCCGCAACCUUCGCGUAGGCCGACAGCCCAGCAAAUCACCCUUGUCGAUCGCACAAAUCCCGAUCAUCCAGAGAUUCAAAAUCCUGGUCAAGCCCAAGACGACGACGACACACCCNCUGAAUCUGCCUCCCUGUCUAGAAGAUGGACAAAGCAGUCAUUGACCGGCCAUGCCCAGUCACUCCAAGGCUCGGUCCAGAGCCGUAUGACUUCGCGCAAAUAUCGCCAUUACCGUGAAGGAAGAUUUAUAGGUCCCGAUGACCCAGACAACCCUUGCUCCGGCGACGAGCUCUCGAGCAAUACCGCCCCUGGGAAGGUCACACGGGGAAAGAACAAAGUACGAGGUCUACUGGGUGCCAGGAAACAAAUGAAGCUUGCACUGGAAGAAGACGCCGUUGUUGACGUCCUAUACGAGAACCAACGAGGCUGGUGGGUUUUUGGCGUCCCACACUUCUCAUCAAAAACGCUGCUCAAUUUUGAUCCCAAACCGUGGUUGAAUGGUAAUAAGAAGCCAAGCCCGGUCAAUAUCACAAACGCACAAGUCCCGGAUCCUAGUUGGGAGUGGGCAUGGAAGUCUUGGUAUGUCGACAUGUCUCGGGAUGUUGACGAAGAGGGUUGGGAAUACUCGUUCUGGUUCAGCGAAGGCACAGCAUGGCAUGGCACACAUCCUUGGGGCUACUCUUGGGUAAGGCGAAGGAGAUGGCUACGGAAGCGAGUGCGGAAACAACCACAAAAGCCUUCUCAGCAAGGCCAUGCCUUCACCUCCGAGUACUUUACCAUCCAUCCUCCCAAGGCUCCCAGCAGAUCCAGCAGUUUCGUCUUCAGCACCGAAGCACGCCAAAACUUGGCAAAGGCAGAACACUACUUGGAGGACCCUGAGGAUGUACGAGACAUUGGUUCUCUACUCAACAGUCUGAAGAGAGCAGCCAUUGACCGUGAGAAAAUCGUUCUGGUCCGCCACUUUAUUGACAACGGUGGAGAUGAUCUUCACUAUUUGGGCGAGCAGAUGGAAAUGAUCAUGUCUCUCUGCGUCUUCCAGAACUCCCGCCGCUAUAUCCUCACUAUGCUCUCCGACAAACUCACCGCAGCCGAAAAACUUCGCGAUGAACACACCGCUCACAAUGAAGAGAUAUCAGCCCAGGAACAACAGAAAAUCACAAAUUUGGAGGCCGCAAUCUCUGCUGCAGAUGAGCAAGUCAAACGUCUGGAAUACUGGAGCGACGUCCGUGAAAUGGCUCGAGCAGGCACAACAUCCUUCGCCACUGACGCCAAUGUCUGGGGAUAUGCCAAAUGGCGAGGACUGGACGCUUCGGGCCCAGAAGCUGAUGACAAGAGUACGGCAAAGGAGAAGGGUAAAAGUUGGAAAGAGGUCAAGAAAGAGGUUAAUGGCCAACUGAAACCCAAAGACAGUGUCGUUGAUGGGCAUGAUGGGAGAAACAAACCAAAGAAGGAGGUCAAGAUUGACGGCCAUCUUGCCGAGUCGAGCGAGGAGUAUUAUACUACGGCUGCAGAUGAUGGGCCGAAAGACAAAGGGAAGCGACGGGCGGAAUAA